ACAUUUAGUGGCAUGGUCAGAGAUUAACAACAUAAACACGCACUAUUCAGAUUAAUCAAAAUUAGUUAGACAGAACGUACCGUAAAGUAAAGAAAAGAUGACUAUUUUUAUAACUUAUUUUAGUAAUAAUUAAAUAAAAUUAUCGGCUUACCAAAUUAUCUUACCUUUUUCUGUUAACGUGUAUUAUUCUACUCUAAAAUAUGAAAUUACCACCCCCACUUGGCCCACUUCUUAUACUUCUAUACUAUGACUAUAACAAUAAACAAGUCUUUUUCUUAAAUAUAUUAUUUAAUAUUUUAUUAAUAUAUUUCAAUUUUUUUUUUGUUAUAAAACAUUAUCCCUGGCGUAAACUUAAACUAAACUGCUUUCCCUUUUACUUUUAAUUUUAAUAACUUAAGUCUAGUACUAGUAGUACAGACCUGUUUACUAUUACAAUUUUGGCAUACAAUUCAUGACAAUUGUACCACUUUAGAUGUCUUUUACUAAUUUAGUAAUAACUAUGCCUGCCAAGACCUGACAGAUCUACGAUUUUAAGAGACCAGGAUGAAAAUAUGUUCAUUCCGGUAGUUUUUUUCCCCAAUAUAAAAAUUAAAAUAAAAAGUAAAUUUUAAGUUUUUAGUUUUAAUUUGCAUUCUACGUUUAGCAGUGAAUAGAUAGAGAAAUGUUAUUGGCUGUUGACCAUCUAUAUUACGUUUGCCCCGAGUGCUGAGAGGGUAAUGGAGUGGUGUUUAUUUAGGAGAUUUUGUGUGUGGGGUGUAUAAAUAUUUUAGUCCGUAAUUAACACCACCACAUUUUGGAAAUAAUAGUGGUGAUGGUCAUAUUGAUCCUUUGUAGUAUUAGCGUAGUGGCCGUGGCAAUCCAUUAGUACCUACACAGUGAGGGGGAAGAGAGGGUUGUAUAUUUUUUAGAUUUUCCAUAAAUGCGUGUAUAACCGGAGGAGGGGGGGUCUCGACAGAAAGUACAUUAAAAAAAUUCUGCAAUAUCAUCCUGAAAUUCCACAAAUAGCAUAUUUCUAUCAAGAAUGCUGUAAAAAUAUCAUGCAAUGUUUUGUAUGAAGUAUAUUCAUAAUGUUGCCAUGUAUUUCAAAAAUAGAUAGUACUCAGUAGUAGAGGUAUUACAGUAAUAUUUAGUCCACCUUAUAUUCAAUGAGCAUGUGAAAUAUCUUUUGUAAAGCCGGUGCUUAUAAUAUGUUUGUUUCCCGGCGCCAAAGCCAAAUUUAGGUUUUCACCAGGCUCCCUGUGUUAAAGUCUAACAAGUACACUUCGAAAUAGCGAAUACAUAAACAAAAUAAAAUAAAGGGUUCACUAAACGACAUAUAAGUAACUCUAGUUACUUUAGUGUGUUACUUGGGGAGAAAAUUUGACUCCUCGCGUUUGUUUGCUUUGGUGCUGUAUGACAUAAUUUUAUGACAUAAUUAUUUCUUACGGCUGAACCCUGGCGAGUCCAUAAACAGAGAACUUUAGAGAAUGAUUUGUCAACUGUUCUAUACAGCUACAUUAGAUUUCGACUUUUAUUAUAGGAUCUGAAAGGACUGUUGAAAUCUAUUUAAGGACACGCAAAACAGCAUUAUGAUUUUUAAUAACCUCCCUCUUCCUUUCACCCAUUUUCAGCUUGGGAUAGUUAUCAGACUGUAAUAUUUUAAUGGGCAUAAUAGUUAUUGAUUCUUCUUUUUUUUUAAACAGCUUUUUCUAAAAAAUAAAUCUCAAGUUAAUUGGUAGAUUUUUUAAAUGGUGGCCUUUUAUGUUCGUCAAUUAUUCUUUUAAUAAAUUUUAUUUCAUGCCGAUCUGACUUCAAGAUUGAACCACUUUGAAUUUCACCAUUAACUUUAUUUAUAACUGUGACAGACUGGGAUAAUGUGAUCUGCACGUUCACCUAAAAAUAUUAAUUGAUUUGAUAUCUAUAGCAGAUACACGUCUGAAAAACAAAGUGACAGCAGAGAGGGAUAUAAACGUCAGUAAACCUUUUUUUUACAUCAGCUUAGAUCGAUCCCACUCGACGCGAGUAGUUUAACAUUAUAUAUACUGUAUUUUAUUUAGUAUUAAGAUAGGUACUGAAUUGUACGAUUUUGAGACAAUAUUGUAUGAAUUUAGGAGCUCGAGAGUAAACUGGUCUGCUUUUAGUAGUUAGUAGUAGUAGGCAGAAGUAGUAGAAGUGAAAUGAUUUUAAUUAGUAAUUUAAUAAGUCUAAUGAUAAACUCUGAUACUCAGUCAUUGAUAGUAUUUUUAAAGUUUAGUGUAACUGUAGCCUAUUACUAUUAGUACUACUAGUAGAUUAAUUUAAGUAUCAUUUUAUGAUUUCAUGACUUCAAAUUAGAAAAUUAAAUGCAAUCUAAAAUUUAUAGCCUACAGGCUAUAGCAGUGUAGGCAUAGGACUAAGUAUUUAAAUAAACCUCUGAUUGGCUUUUAUUCAGUAAAAUAUUACAUGUCUUAUCAAAUUGAAAAUAGCCCAAAAGAUACUGCUAGGUAUUUUAUUUUAAAAUGUUUUAUAUUACAUCUUUUGUUUAAAGUUGAAGAGAUUUGCUUCUUUUCAUUUUUAUAACUCUAAGAAUCAAGGCAACUGUAUACAGACAGAAGUGGCUAAGGAAACAACUAAAAAGUGAAAUACAAAUCACCAGCACAAUGGGUAUCAAAGGAUUCACAAGCAAUUAUAAGAAGGAUGUAAGUGUGCAUGCACAUCAAACUUAAUAUAUAACCCAAACAUAUUCCAAGUAAUAUAAAUAUAUUGCGUAUAUAUUUGUAUAUUUCUGUCCUUGUUGCUUUGAGACACAUAAUUUCUUGACUAUCUAUAUCUCUAAACAGUUUAUGUCUACACAAGAUCAAUUAGUGCUGCUAUGGCACUGCUACAAGUAAGCAUUAGGGAAUAAUCUCCCCUUUGCUUGGAGAUUUUAAUCUCCUCUCACAAUGGUUAAUCCCUGGGCCGGAUCUCAAAAAAUUAUAUUAUUAAUAAUUUUCAAUUGAAUAUACUCUCAUUUAUUUUUUAAACAUAAGCACAUAAUACAAUAUUUAAAAUCUUAGAACCACAUUAUAUUUUUAUUUCAAAACUAUACUACUAAACACUACUUAUGAAAUUGCAUAACAUCAACACCUACAAAAAUUGAAUUUCUACACGUCAUCUUAAAUACCUACUUGAAUUUCUCCCUUCUUUUGUCCAAAUGGCAUAUUCUAUAAAAAAAAAAAAACAGCUACCAAAAAUAAAUUUAGAUCAAGUCUCAACUGACAUUUUUAUGACUUUUUCAAAAUAAUGCUGAAAAUGUGUAAAUAUUUGGUUGUUAUUUAUUCUGUAUUUAUGGUAGCAGGUCACUUCAUUGUCAAUAAUUUUAUCGACAGAAACUUCAUCGAUGCCAUUUCAUCCACAACAACAUUUUAACAGACACUUCAUCGAUAAAACAUUUAGUUGAUUAGUUGAUGAAGUGUCAUGAAACUGUAUAUGUGGCCUUUGAAUGCUGCACCUUCCGCCGUGGUCUUAUAGGAAAUCCGGCCCUGGUUUACCUGCGUUAUAAAUCAAAAAUAUGUAUUUAUUGACACAUUUUUUAAUAAUUUUGCUAACUUUUGACAUUCCUAAUGUAUAUUUCUUCCAGAUCUUCCACCACCCAUGUGAAUCCCCAUGUAGCCUUUACUUUUCUGUUUAAAAUCAUAAAUCACUAAUUGACUAUUUAAAAACAGAUUCAAAAGGUUUAAAUACCAAUAUGUGAUAUUAUAUGAUGAAAAAACAAUUCAUUACAUUUUUACCCGGUAUUGAGAAUGUGUUAUCUAAUUUUUUUAAAUCUGGCAUCGGACAUUCGCUGUUCAUAUGGUAAUAGGAAAUAUAUUUGUUAUAAUUUUUUUUAAAAACACACUUUUUAAAAAUAAAAGAUGUCUUUUUAAAAUAUGAAGUUAAUAAAUUGUCAAUGCCGGUACUGUUUAAAAAGAUAUAUAUUAAUCCCUGAGUUGGGCUUAAAACAAUAUGUGGAUUUGAGGGUUAAAUGUGCUGUGUUCUAGAAUUUUCAUUUUAAAAAAAAAAGUAGAUGACUUUAAGCUUUAAGAAAAUAGUUUGCAUAUCUUCAAUAAAUAUAAUAAAAUAACUCAAUAAGAAAAUUUUAUUACAAUAAAGCUUUAGAGCUUGUAAUGUCCUGUCUUUGCAAAUUGAUGAAUCUUUGCUUUAAUUUUCUAAUGUUUACGUGCUAUACAUAUUUAUAAACAGGUUUAAUAUGAUGAUCUGAGAGGCAAGUGAUUUAGUUAGUCAGUGAAGUAUCCCCUUGAAACCCAUGCACAGUAACAUCGCAAAACCCUCUGAAACAUAGGAGCCAGAAUGAUCAAUUCAUUGAUCAUUGGGAUUGAUCAUUGGGCCCUCAAAAUAAAGAAGAAGAAGAAGAAACUGUCCAUUUCUGUGUGCAAUUUUUGUGGCGAUGUACAUUGCCAUAUUCAAAACUUUCUGUUGCUCUCAUUUCUUUAAACAUCAAGGUAACAUUAAUGUGUUGGUUGCACAGAUUUUUCCCAUCUAUGAGGUUCAUUGUAAAGCUUAGCACAAAUAAAUCUCUUAUUCUUUCAGUUCAAAAGUCGCAAGUCAAACAGAUGGCAAAGAAUAUGUAAAGCAGAGAAGAAGAAAGUUUUACCGAAGGAAACUAUAGAGGUGGAAAAUGUCCAUUUGUUCAGCAAUGAGAAAUUGAAAAACAAAUUGUAAGUUGAGAAUAUGUUUUUUUUUUAAAAAUCAGUUUUAUUACCAGUAGUAGCUUUGCAGCAUGCAUCUCUACAAGCAUGGCUGGAAAUUAACCUAAAACCAAAAUACAUGACUAUGGUGAGAGAAAAACAGACAGAUGAAACCAUUAAACCCAGAAACCCCUCUUUAGAAAAAGUAAAUCAAUUCAAAUAUCUAGGAUCUUUAUUAAAUAAUUUAAAUGCAAAAAAAAAUGAACUACUAACAGAAAUUUAAGAAAGAAUAUCGGCUGGAAACAAGGCAUAUACGUCAGUAGUCCAAAGAUACUCAAAAUUAAAAACAUUACAAGUAAAACAAAGAAAACUAUAUAUAAAACUGUAACCAGACCAGUUCUAACAUAUGCAAGUAAAACAUGGACCCUAACAAAAAUGGCAGAAAACCCAUUAAACACAUUGGAGAGAAAAGUUCUCCAGAAAAUGUAUGGACCAACAAAGGAUGAAUAUUGAUGGAGAAUACGAACCAGGCAGGAAUUGUAUAGUCUAUAUCAGGAUCUCAUGCUAGUAGCAUAAAUAAAAAAUAGCAGGGGGACACAUACACACGCACUUAGAAAGAAUGACAGUAGAGUGAAGAGUGUGUACCACCAAAACCCCAAAGGAAAACCGCUCAAAGGCAGACCUAAGCUUAGAUGGAUAGAUGAUGUGGAAAAAGAUCUACAACAGCUUGGAAACAUAGCAUGGAAAAGAAAAGCACCAGUUAGGUCUGAGUGGAAGGAAGUGGUGAGGUAGGCUAAAGCCCUACAUGGGCUGUAGCGGCACAGGGAUGGGUGGAUGUAGCUCUGCAGCUUAUUGUUCUCAUGCUCAUGUAAACUUAAGUCUUACAGUUACAGUAUAGAUCAUUUCUUUUUAAAAGUAUUUGUUGUAAUGAUAAAUAGUUUUACGUAUAGUGUUCCAUUAGUGUUUAUUUAUAUAGCCUUCAAUCCUACAAUUUUGCAGGAGGAACCCAAAGAACAACAUAAAGAUAUCUGGCAAAAAGUUUCGCAGACUCACAAAAAGGUUGGGCCACAGUCUCCGGGCAAAAUCACAAAUGGAUGGUAAUUUUUAAUUUUUUUUAUGCUUUCAUUACUAGCUUCAUUUGUUUUCUUACAGCUUAGCCUUGGCUAUCCUGAUUUUUUUAAUUCAAAAUAGAUCCUCCAAAGUGUCUGGUGCUGCAAUGAUUUUUUGUAAAUUUUAUAAUUGCUGAAAUUUUUACAGAAAUUAACGCAAACCUCUUAAAAUGUGUAUAUCAUUAAAUGUUACGGAUUAUUUAACAUGUACAUUCUCAUUAAUUUCUUUUUAAUCUGUGUUAGUUUGUUGUUUUUUUAAAUUUAUAUAUCCAGUAUUGCAUUGAUUUAAUUCUUGUCAUUUUUCUCUGUACAACAAUGAUCUAGUUGAAGUAGCAGAUGCCAAAUCUACCAAACUGACAGCAAAGAUUGAGGAUGCAGAGAUGGUAGAGUUAGCUUCAAGUGAGCAAUCAGCCAACAAAACUGCACCCGACAAUCAUGCACCUUCCAUGUCAUCUUCAUCGUCAAAGAAGAAAAAGAGGGGAGGUAAGAAGCACAAGAAGAAAGUCUCUGCUCCCAGUGGAGACAAAAGUGGACCGUUGUUUGAUCAAGAUGGCGGUUGGGAGGAUGUAGACAUGGCAGAAUGAUAUCUUGACUAAUAAAAUGAAACACAUAUAUUUCUUGUUAUGUUGUCUGCGUCUUAUGUACUACAUCUUGAUUAGUUAAAUUAUAUGUGCUACUCAAGCUGUGCAUUUUGGAUUUGAAAUUACACCCGUUUGUAAAUUAGGCAUUUGUGUAAUCCUACCGCCUACUUGCAAGCAAUCCAAUCAGUUUACUAAACUCAACAUUGGCAACUUUAUAUUGUAGCUUAAUUUGAGUUCUUCUGCAACAUCUAGGUUUUUUUUAAAGUCUGUAGGGAACAAGAGUUGUCAAACCUGACCAAGUCAAUGAUUUAAAACGCUGUUUCCUUUUCCCCUUUGUAACCAUCAGUGAAGAAUAUGCCAUUGGUAAUAUCUUUCUAUGUCUUCCAGACUCUUGCAAUAUUCUCCAACUCUUUGCUUAUCUACUUCCCUAUUAUAUUUACAGUGGUAAAAAAAAAACUAUUUAAAGGAAAUUUUAAAACUUUAUUGAUAAAUAAAUAAAUUUGAUUAAAAUGGACUUUUUGGAUGCUUAAAGUUAACAAAGACCAAUACUAAUGAUUUCAACAAAAGAAUAAUAUUUCAUUUGAUUAUAUCCAUGUUAUAAUUUUGUUUAUAAGCUGGGUGUUACUUUCUAUUUGUUAGCAAAUGAGGCUCAGCAUAAAAAUGAAAACACUUUCGAUGUUCGAUGAUUUGGGUCACAUGCCGGUAUUUAAAGCCACCAUGUGUCACGUCCUGUGCAGGUGACUCUUCAUCUUAGGCCCAUCGGUGAUUUGACAUUGAUGAAAUCUAUAGCCCCUCUUGAUUCAAUUUUUAAAAAAGUAAUUAAAAACCAUGCCAAACAACAUUGUUCCAUAACAGAUGAUUUGCAACAUAGGGUGAAUUUAAUUUACAAUUCCACCAAGAAUUUAAUGCUCCUGUGACAAGAUUUGCCUGAACAUUAUAAACAUGCACCGGGUACAAUUUUAUUAUUACUAUAGAUUUUUUUUAUAAAUUGAAAUAAAAAUAAAACAUAUUGUGCUGAGAUAGACUUUCCAUCAAAUGUAAAAAUAAAUAAAGCCAUUGUUUUAAAAAUUGAAAAAUAUGCAAAUACAAAAAUAUAUGUUAUGUUAAAAUUUACUAGCAUUAAUAUUUCCUUGUUUUUAAAAAUAUUAAGCAUAAUACACAAAAAUGUAUUAAGGCUUCAUAUUUUUUUUUUAAAUAAAAAAAAAAAUAUUUGCAUA